AUGAAGAACGGCUAUGCCAAGGCAAUGUCUUUGCUAGAAGAACGAUAUGGGAAACCGUAUAUCAUUGCCACAGCUCACGUGAAAAAGCUGGUUGACGGCCCAGUCAUCAAGCCCGAAGACGGUGAGUCGUUGCAAAAAUUCUCAAUUAACUUAUUAAGUUGUGUAAAUACACUUGAAGAACUUAACUGUAUACAAAAGCUUGACGCACCCGACAAUCUCAGAAAGAUCAUCAGCAAAUUACCUUAUCGCAUACAAUCAUCUUGGCGCGACAAGGUAGAUCAGAUCAUUCAAAAGGAAAAUCGAGAUGUCACCAUUAAAGACAUUGCAGAUUUCGUUACUGCUAAAGCCAGAGCUACCACUCAUCCGGUUUUUGGAGUUAUUGGAUCAAAGGACAAAAAUGUCAAACAAAAUAUCAAAGGCAUCAAUUACGCAGUGGAAGUAGAGACAUUUCAAAGAAAGUGUUCCUUGUGUUCGGGGACGCAUUGGUUGUCUAGGUGUGGCAAAUUUAAGCAAACAUCUGUGCCAGCAAGACUAGAAUUUGUUCGUCAAAAAAGAUUGUGUAUGAAUUGUUUGUCUACUGGACAUUAUGUGGCAGUUUGCCCUAAGCCAAGCUUCUGUAAAAUUUGUACAGAAAAGCAUUCUACAUUUCUCCACCCAACUAAUAAAACUCAAACUGAAACAUCAAAACGUCAACCACAAAGUGUUGGAAAACCAACAUACAUCAACACAGACUCAGGAAAUUCAAGUACCAUUAGCAUGGCUUCUAAAUGUAAAGGACCAGGUGUAAGUUUAGCUGCUGUUCCUGUACGAGUAAGAGCGAAAGGAGGUAACAG